CCUUCCCGUGGCCCAUAUCAUAGUUUUCUGAAUUCCAACGCAGGAGGACUGUACAAAAGAAUAAUAAUAUAUCAUAUCUCUGCUGUGUAUUUCACGUAAACGAGCGGCGCUUGUCACUUCCUGGUCCUCAUUGGCAUCUGUCACUGAAUUCGCAUGAACUGUCCACACCUCACGGAAAGUCGUCCCGAUAAGGUUCUAGAAGCUUUGGAAGAACGUUCGAAAUGCAGCAGUGCGAGUAGUGGCACCAGCAAUUGUUCUGCAGUCGCUGAAUUGGGGUGCACUGGAUGUGGGUCGAGAGAGGGUCGUUGGGUUUGCUUGACAUGCGCCGAAGUAAACUGUAGCCGAUUUGUUGAGGGACACGCUUUGGCACAUUUUCACACGACGAAACAUCCAUGUGCGAUUGACUUGGACUCUACGGCAUGCUAUUGUUACGCAUGUGACGACUAUGCGCACGGAAGUGGUCAAGACAAUGUGUUGGAAACGUUGCGUAGAGCGGUUGAGAGGGUUCUCUCGCCACCUGAAUUAGAAUGCGACGAGUCGAUACAGAUUCAGCGAGGGACAGGUCCAUCACCACCCCGACGAGGGAAAGGGCGAAAAAGGGCAGCGACCCCGCAAAGGAAGUACAAUCACGUAACUGGGUUGAGUAACCUAGGCAACACCUGUUUCAUGAAUGUCGUUAUGCAAACCCUCUGUCACACUGUAACGUUUCAACAAUAUUACCUGGAUAUAUGGCCCUCAACUCCGCGCACUCCACGAACUCCAAAUUCGGCUGACUCUCAUCCAACUACCCCGCAAAUAUCACCGCCGCGGAUAACACGUCGAAUGUCCGCCAACAAGGACAUCUCCGUAUGGGCGGAAACACGAGCCUUACUGCGCGAAAUGUGGACAGAUGAGGCAUUGGCAGUAAGUCCAGGAACCUUCUUGGACGCCAUAUGGAAGAAUGUGCCAAUGUUCAGAGGCUACCAGCAGCAAGAUGCGCAGGAAUUCAUUCGAUAUCUACUUGAUCGGAUCCAUACCGAACUAGCGACACAGAUCAACCCCACACCAAUCACCCGAACAUUUCAGGGUACAUUGCACAAUGAGGUCAAAUGCCUCAAUUGCGGCCAGUCCUCAUUGAAAACCGAUCCCUUCCUCGACCUUUCGCUUCCUAUUCCCGAACGGUUUGUCAAUCGGCAAAACAAAGUGGAGCAAAUGGUCCAUCCUUGUACAAUAGAUGACUGCUUGAGAGCGUUCACUGAAGUAGAGCAGCUCGCGGACUCAGAGCGAUACGACUGUCCCCAUUGCCUCGUCCUGAACCGCGGACCUCAGCCCUGCACGAAGCGGCUGUCGAUUGAUGAGCUGCCAGAGGUUAUGUGCCUCCAUCUUAAGCGCUUUCGCUACACAAACCGACGCGCAGCACGUUCCAAAAUUGAUACCUAUGUGCAAUUUCCCAUCGAGGGCCUCAACAUGCGUCCAUAUACAAACCGGCGACAACGCGGGACACCAGCAAUUUAUGACCUAUACUCUGCCAUCGUACAUCAUGGCUCUUCGGGGUCUGGGCACUAUAUUGCCUUUGUAUGGAGUCCAGAUAACGACACAUGGUUCGAAGUCAACGACACACAUGUCAGACCUGUUACACCAGACGUCCUCGCACAGCAGUCUGCCUAUAUGCUCUUUUACGUGCGAAGGAAAAGUGUAGACGGGGAAGUGGAACUGGAAGUUGAACCCGAUGAUGAAGAAGGCGUUGGGUCAAUGCGCAUACCUACAGGUAACGGCCACAUUGAGGACCCGGAAGUAAACUCAUCAUCGUCACCCGCGUUAUCCACAUCCACAUCAUCCUCCACGUCAGUAGCACAUCCGCGGCCUCUGAAGAUCAAGCUUCGAAUGAGAGCAGGACCUGAAUCGCAGGACCCGAACGAUGUCGCAUCAGCUGUUAAUGGACACCUAGGAAGUCCACGACGCACAGCGCCAAAACGGUCCACUUCAGCAGAUUCAACGAGCUCAGGAGCUGCACCACCGCGAGGCAAGAGAAGCAAAAAACGAAUCCUCGUGGUUGAGGACUCUGACAGCGAAGACGACUUACCGUUGGACAAAUGGAAACGGCGGAGAAAACGGGAUGGUGCGGGAACAUAGACAAACAAGACUGGGACGAAGACGCUUUGAUGCAGAUGCAGAAUCUGUGGGUUGUAGAUGGUUGAUGCUUCUGUUUUGUACAUUUUUCCUGUAGAAUAUCCUCACGUGUCACGCCCAUGUCGUCUUUGCGUUGGGAAGGCUUUUCAUGUGGUAGAAUUAUAGAGAUUCUGUUUCUCGUUGUUGCUUCUCUGUAUUUGGCAAGAAUUAUGUAAGAGGCACCGCCUUCGUGCAUCCCUUUACAUGGUUCAAUGGGAAUUGCUGCGGAUGGGACCGUUAGAUUAUGA